AUGGCUGAGACUGGGAACGAUGAAGUUAACCUUAUUGAGAGCAAGACGGUGGUUCCUCUCAACACAUGGGUUCUGAUAUCAAACUUCAAGCUAGCUUACAACCUCCUCCGCCGCCCUGACGGAACCUUUAACCGUCACCUUGCAGAGUUUCUAGACCGGAAAGUCCCUGCAAACGCCAUCCCCGUCAACAAUGUCUUCUCUUUCGAUGUUAUCAUCGAUCGCCAAACGAAUCUCCUCAGCCGAGUGUACAGACCAGCUUAUGCCAAUGCGGACGGUCCACCAAGUGUGACCGAGCUUCAGAACCCUGUUGAUGGUGAGAUAGUGCCUGUUAUUGUCUUCUUCCAUGGAGGAAGCUUUGCUCAUUCUUCUGCAAACAGUGCUAUCUAUGAUACUUUAUGCCGUAGGCUUGUUGGUUUGUGCGGCUCUGUUGUUGUCUCUGUGAACUAUCGCCGUGCGCCAGAGAAUCGAUACCCUUGUGCUUAUGAUGAUGGAUGGGCUGCUCUGAAUUGGGUCAACACAAGAUCUUGGCUUCAGAGCAAGAAAGACUCAAAGGUUCAUGUGUUCUUGGCUGGUGAUAGCUCUGGGGGUAACAUAGCGCAUAACGUGGCGGUGAGAGCGGUUGAGUCAGGGAUUGAUGUUUUGGGGAACAUUUUGCUUAACCCUAUGUUUGGAGGCUCAGAGAGAACGGAGUCUGAGAAACGUUUUGAUGGGAAGUACUUUGUGACGGUCAGAGACCGGGACUGGUAUUGGAGAGCGUUCCUCCCUGAGGGUGAAGACAGAGAGCAUCCGGCGUGUAGCCCGUUUGGACCGAGAAGCAAAAGCUUAGAAGGGCUGAGUUUCCCCAAGAGUCUUGUCGUUGUGGCUGGUUUAGAUUUGAUUCAAGAUUGGCAACUGAAGUAUGCAGAAGGGCUCAAGAGAGCUGGUCAAGAGGUGAAGCUUCUUUACUUGGAGCAAGCCACUAUUGGCUUCUACUUAUUGCCUAACAACAAUCACUUCCAUACCGUUAUGGACGAGAUAGCUGCGUUUGUAAACGCGAAAUGCCAAUGA